AUGGUUCGUCCUGGUCGUGCCAAUAUAUAUGCUGUUGAUACUGGGCUGGAACCACUCGAUUCAGUUGACGAUCUGUCCUUGCUGCUUCCUUACAGGAACAAGCAGACUGACACUCAACCCAUUCAAACAUUGACUACUGCCGAUGUUGCCAUCUGCUUGUCGCAAAGACUGUCCAAAGACCUCAUGUAUACUCGUAUAGGCAACCGUGCAUUGGUUGCUGUUCGUCCUGCUCGCUCAUUGGCAUCAAAUACUGAUGCUGCUUCAAAGGAGUAUGCUGAUGUAUACAAGACUACUCUUGCUCCAUCUGCUCAUCCUCAUUCCAAAAUCACUAGUCAGGCUCCACAUGUCUUUGGCAUUGCUGCAUCUGCUUAUCAGCACAUGCUACGCUCGAGUGUGGACCAGGCCAUAGUCUUGCUUGGUGAGUCUGCUUCGGGAAAAUCAGAAUCUCAACGAAUGCUUAUGCGUAGCUUAUGUGAUCUCAGCAAAUCUUCAAAGAAAAAAACAAAAACUCAAUCCAGUAUUCUCAAAGUCGACACUGUUUUAUCUGCCUUUGGAAAUGCAACUACUCCUACAAAUACAAAUGCAUCGUGCGUUACUCGCUACAGCGAAUUACAGUUUGAUUCUUCUGGCCGUAUGGUUGGUUUAAAACUCAUUGAAUCACUCCUUGAAAAAUCUCGUGUCUCGGGUGCCCAAGAUGGUGGUUACUGCUUUCACAUCUUUUACUAUCUCUUGGAAGGUGCUACCCAUGAAGAACGUGUUCAAUGGCAUUUAUCUGAUGCUGCUCAUUUUAGAUUCCUAAAUCUCUCCAAGAUGCGCACUGCUAGCUAUGCACAAGGAAAGGGUGCUGCAAUGCUUGAUGAGAUUCGCGAGAACCUUAAAACCCUUGGUGUGGGCCGUCGUCAACAGGUCCAAUUGUGGCAGCUUCUUGCUGCUAUUCUGCACCUUGGCAACUUGACUUUUUCAGAUUCAGUAAAAGAGGGUGGUGUAUGUACGGUAUGCAAUUAUCCACAAUUACAGCUUGUGGCAAAUAUGCUAGGUGUCCCUUCGUUGGCUUUGCAGACUCUACUCACAACUCGAUCUCGCCAUAUCGGCACCGAGGUUGUGUCUGAACUUCUUAAUGCUGCUGGCGCUGCACAUCAACGAGAUUGUUUUGCCCGCUCUUUGUACGCAGUCGCAUUCGAUUGGAUUUUUGAACAAAUUAAUCUUCGUUUAUGUCAGCCCGAAUCUGAAUGGGCCAACUUUGUGUCCAUACUGGAAUCACCCGGUAUGGCUGGUACUGAUACUUCAAGCAAUGACUUUCACAGGCUCUUAGUUAAUUAUACAAACGAGCAGCUGAUUGGACAUGCCAUGAACGAUUUUUUUGAAAUUCCUAAAACCACUUUUAUGGCUCAAAGCAUCCCUUUUCCCGAAACGUCCCCCUUUGAUCGUUCCAUUUUGACGUUGCUGGUUGGAGCUCGUACUGGAAUUAUUCCCUUGAUUGAUCAUUACACUGCAAGAAAUCGAUCUGAUGAAGAGAUGACUGCCAAAAUCUACGAAUCCAAUCAAGACUCGAGCUGUCUGAUUUCAAGUAGCUCCAAAAAACUUGCAUUUUCAUUUGGCGUGCGCCAUUAUGGAGGUGUUGUGGAAUAUGAUGUUCGUGGGUUUGGUCAAUCUGACAAUGACAUUUUACAAUCCGAGUUUGUUACUUUAAUUCGUGGCAAUCCAGAACAACCUGGCACCACUAAUGUAUUUUUAAGAACCAUUUUUUCAAACAAGCAAAUUAGUACUAGAACCUUGGCUUCUGAUGGCAGUACAGUUAUUUCUGCAAACAACAAAGGCCGUGCUCCUUUACGCCGCAAGACAACCAAGACUAUUGAUGAUGAGAACGAGUCGCUAGACGCCACGGCCACUGUUGGUCAUGAGUUGCGCUCAUCGUUUAACCAGUUUAUUGAUGCCAUCAGUGAAUCUCAAACUUGGUACAUUUUCCAUCUCAAGACGGCCAAUGCGUCGUCUGGUGGUAAACCGGACAGAAUGGUAUUGGAGCGACAGAUUACUGGAUUCCAUUUGACUGAACUUUCUUGUAACCCUGCUGUAAUUUACACCUCCAUUCAACCCCAUGCCGAUUUUAUUACUCGUUAUAAAUCUGUCGUGUCCUUGUGGGAACGCGAGCCAAAGGCUGCGUGUGAAUCUCUCUAUCGCUACCGUAACUGGUCCCAAAACGAUGCAAUUAUCGGUUCUUCCAGCAUUUUUCUUGGUGAAUCUGCAUGGAAAUCUCUCGAGGAUAAAUUAAAGGCAAAAGAGACGCAGGAUCAGGCUCGCGGUGGAUCAAAAACUGGAGUCGUAUCCAAACAUCAUGUUGGUCAUGGAUCUGCAUCCAACAUCAGUGGCACUACAACUCCUAUGGAAGAAACCAGCGGUCGCUUAAGCCCGUCUGUAGAAAGCAUGUUUACCGAAUCGUUUCAUAAGAUUGGCAGCUCAAUCUCACAGGAUGAUCUAUCACUUCGGAGUGAGAGUGAUGCUGCUAGUCAUUUUGACUCUGAAUUUGAAUAUGAAGCUGGUGCUGGUGCUGCAGUCGGUAAAGAAGGAAAAGUAUCGCCUGGUUCCACUACUCGUGGAGUCAAUGAUAUUGAACUUGGCAAUCUAAAAAACAAAAAACCCUCUCAACCUCCACCACAAAUCAAACCCAGAACUCGUCUCCGAUGCUGCUGGCUUACCUUUACUUGGGCUACUACAUUCUGCUGGCUACCUCCGUGUUUAUCGCUCUGUGGAAUGAAAACCAAGGACCGUCAGAUGGCAUGGCGUGAAAAAGUUGCCUUGUGCAUCAUCAUUUUCUUUAUGAACGCACUUAUUCUAUUUUUCAUCAUAGGUCUUGGAUUUGCCUUGUGCCCAAAACAGGCGGUACUUUCUCCCGGUGAAAUCAGUGGACUGUAUACAUUUGGUUCCAGAGCUGGUGUAUACAUGUAUGGUUCCUAUUAUUUUAUUCCUGGCAUUGUGACAAAUCACGUUUCAAAUUAUAUGGAUAUGUCCAGUGCUUCGAACAAGUACUGGGAAUCACAAGUGCUUGGCCAUGAGGUGUCGAUUAUGUUUCCUCGCGAUGACAAUGCAGCCUGGCCUACUUGGUGUCCCAACUUUAUCAAACCCGGUGGAUUUUCUCUUAAAGACCCUAUACCCAAUGGCUCCAAGUGGUGGCCACAUACCAACAAGGACUAUAUGUCUGCGCUGAAACCGUAUCGCAAAGGAGAUGUUGUUUGGGAUAAAUCCACGAUUGAAGGUGCGCUAGCGACCAGCCGUCGCUUCCUCACAAUAUAUGACAAAGUUUACGAAGUAACUCCCUUUUAUAAUCUUGCACUGAAUCCAUCUCAACUCAACAGCUAUUUUCUGGGCUCAUACUUCAAGAAUGUAUCAGAUGCCAGUUCGAACAGCCCUAAUAACGACGUGACGGGACUGUUUGAAUAUCUCCGGAAAAACGAUGCUACCCAGUUCAACAAUGUGAUGGAGUGUUUGAAUGGCCUGUUUUAUGCCGGCAGAGUAGAUCAUCGCAAUGAUAUCAAGUGCAUUGUUCCCAAUUAUAUUCUACUUGUCGCAUCAGCUGUGCUUAUGCUAAUCAUUGGCUUCAAGUUCUUGGCCGCCCUACAAUUUUCGACCAAACGCCAGCCUGAAGAUCACGACAAGUUUGUUAUUUGUCAGGUGCCAUGUUAUACCGAGGGUGAGGUAUCUCUUCACCGUACAAUUGACUCGCUUUCCAAUCUUCGAUAUGAUGACAAGCACAAACUGCUGUUUAUUGUUUGCGAUGGUAUGAUCAUUGGCUCUGGAAAUGAUCGACCUACUCCUCGUAUCGUACUGGACAUUCUUGGAGUCGAUCCCUCGCACGAUCCUCCAGCUAUGCCAUUCCAUUCUCUUGGUGAGGGCAACGCGCAGUUGAACUAUGGCAAGGUUUAUGCUGGUCUGUAUGAAAUCAAUGGUCAUGUUGUUCCUUUUAUUGUUGUUGUCAAGGUUGGUAAACCAUCUGAGCGUGGUAAACCUGGUAAUCGAGGCAAGCGUGAUUCUCAGAUGGUUUUGAUGCAAUUCCUGUCUCGUGUGCAUUUCAACCAAAGCAUGUCGCCUCUUGAAAUUGAACUGUAUCAUCAGAUGAAAGAUGUGAUUGGUGUGGACCCAUCGUUCUAUGAAUACGUGUUCAUGGUGGAUGCUGAUACCCAAGUGCACCAAGACUCGCUGAAUAUGUUGGUUUCUCACAUGACGCGAGAUGCUCGCAUUUCAGGCACAUGUGGUGAGACUACGAUUGCAAACGAGCGAAAGAGUUUUACCAGUAUGAUUCAGGUGUACGAAUAUUUUAUUUCUCAUCAUUUGUCCAAAGCCUUCGAGUCUCUGUUUGGCUCCGUUACCUGCUUACCUGGAUGUUUCUGCAUGUACCGAAUUCGCACGCCUGUGAAGAAUAUACCUGUUCUCAUUGCUCCCGGUGUCAUCUCCAACUACUCUGAGAACCAAGUGGAUACACUUCAUUUGAAAAAUCUGCUGCAUCUCGGUGAAGAUCGAUACCUAACCACUUUGAUUAUGAAGCACUUUCCUCACAUGAAAACGACAUUUACAUCUGAUGCCAAGUGCCAAACCUACGCACCCGAGAAAUGGCCCGUACUGCUUUCUCAGCGUCGUCGUUGGAUUAAUUCUACUGUACAUAACCUACUUGAGCUGUUGCAGCUUAAGGAGCUGUGUGGCUUCUGUUGUCUUUCAAUGCGAUUUGUUGUCUUUAUUGAUCUGAUUGCAACAUUCAUUCAGCCUUCUGCUUUGAUCUACAUUGCCUAUCUUAUCUAUGCGUCUGUUACAGACCCCACAACCAACUUUCCCAUUAUCUCGAUCAUUAUGAUUGCGUGUGUGUAUGGUUUUCAGGUCAUUAUUUUCUUGUUCCGUACUGAAUGGCAGCACAUUGGAUGGAUGGUGAUUUAUCUGCUGGCGAUUCCGCUGUUUUCACUCUACAUUCCAAUCUACUCAUUCUGGCAUUUUGAUGAUUUCAGCUGGGGUAAUACGCGUAAAGCCGCUGAAGCCGAGGGUGAUGUCAAGCAUGUUGCGAUAGUUGAAGAGUAUGAUCCUAACUCUAUUCCGUUGAUGAAGUGGUCAGAAUAUGAAGCACAGCGAAAGGCUAGCGUUAGUGACAAGGACGAAACGCGAAGCGUGACAUCCUAUCAUUCUGGAUAUACCUAUAAAUCUGGACCAGCACCAGGGUAUGCCGAGUCCAAUUAUGGUAUGUCGAAUGCACCAUCAUAUGCGGGAUCAGCUUAUGGCGGUAGCAAUGGUGGCAUGAAUAGACAUAUUUAUCCAGCUGUCAAUAUGCCAUUUGUUCCACCGCCUCAACAGCAGCUUUCUCAGUAUGCAAAUAAUAUGGGACCCAUGGCCCAUGCAGGUGCGAAUUUAGGCCCCAUGCCUGAAUUGGUAGCACAACCUCGUAGAGACAAUACGUCGUUUCCUAAUGAUGAAGAGAUUCUUCGUGAGGUGCGACAUAUUUUAGCCACAACGGAUUUGAUGAAGGUCACCAAGAAAAGUGUACGCGAACAGUUGUCACAAUUCUUUGGACAUGAUCUGAGCAGCGAAAAAGAGUAUAUCCAUCGAUGCAUUGAUGGUGUACUUCGUGGCGAGCUAUAGUGUCGUUUGAUAUUCAAAUCGAGCACUUUUUCAACAUGCUUUUACUUUUUUUUAAUAGAUCAGUUUAAACUGAUUUUGGUACAAGUCAUCACAGAUUGGAAUCUGUGAUGUUUUAAUCUGGAGUUUUUAUUUUGAAAAUAAAAAUACAAAUCGUCAUAAUGAAUUGCAUCAAGGGAUAGACAGACAUGAGUGACAUGAGACUUGACAAGGGGAUAGAACAAGACAUUGAUGGAUUUACUGACGAGGAUCGCGAGUAAGACCAUGGUACAAGGCAGUUGACAGACUUCUUGGAUGACUAACAUUGAAAUCGCCAGAACUUUCCCAGACAAUAAUACCCUGCAGACCUCUAUCCCAUACAUACUUGCAUUUUUCCGUCACACUUUGGACCGAGUCGUAGGAAUUGAGAAUUUUUUUGACGGGAUCAUACGAGUAAGUUGCACGGGCUUGGUCAUCCCAAUGCUCCACGGCACCUUGACGUGGCAAAGACAAGUAAUCACAAAGACCAGCCUCCCAGGACUGAUCGGGUACCGUUCCAGACGAUGGACGAGAGAGUCCAUCAGUAUUGGCGAAGCCACGAGAAUAAAAGGCGGCGCCGAUAACGAUUUUGUUGGCGGGAACACCACGAGCAAGAAGAGCCUCGACAAUGUUGUGGAUAGACAGUGGAGCAUAAGGUGUGCUGAAUAGAUUUGUAUGAUGGCCCGCAGCAACAGGACCCCAGCUAGACGAGGCAUAGUCGUAUGUCAUGACAUUGAUGCUGGUGAGAGUCUGGGCCAUGAUGGCCAAAGGAAGAGCCGAAAUCCUAUUGGGAUCGCCAGUAAUGCAAGCAGUGAUACCAACAUGACGUAGAUGGUUGAUGGAGUCCAGAGUAGAUCGCAACAGUUGCAGAAACAAGCCAUAGUGUUCACCAUCUUUUGGAUGAGUAGUGUUGCCUUCGUCUCCAUAGUUCUCCCCAGCAGGAGACACAUGCUCCCAAUCAAUGUCUACCCGAUCAAACAACUGUGGAAACUGGUUCAGUAGAUCAAGGAUGCCUUGCACAAAGGCCUGUCUCGUUUCAGGAGUUCGAACAGCAGUUGAAAAAUGCUUACUCAACGUCCAGCCACCAAUGGAGAAGCCUAGACUGAAGGCAGGAUUGAUCGUCUUGAGAUUGCGAAACUGACCAAAGUUGCCAUAGUACUGACCAGGCUUGCAAGGCUGACCAUUGUCAGGAGGAUCCAGAGGAGGCACAGACUCGUCAGCAACAGUGAAUCGUUUGUCAGUGUCAGACCAGGAAUCAGAAAGAGAAGGAACAUAGAAUCCCUGGUCGUUCAUGGUUAGACUGACAAAAGCAUAGUUGAUGUCAGAGUAGUAAUAGAUGGGAAUAUCUCGAACGUUGAACUUGCGGUCAUACAUGGCCCAGUUGGUGUGGUAGACAAUGAGUCUCUUGCCUGACUUCUGAAAGGGAUCUGUGACAUGAUGAAACGGAAGUAUGGUCAGUAUUGCCAGUACUAUCAGCAAUAGAUGGGAUAUCAUUACGUGGAUAUUGCUUGUAAAUGCAGACAGUUCCCAUCUGGUCUCAUGGAAAUCAACUGCAUGUUUGAAAUAAGACUAGUCUGCUAGUAACAUUGAUUACCAACACUUACUCUGCGGUUGCAUGCUCAUGUUGCUUCGUACAGUUGGUCAAACAUUCAACACACGUCACAUGUAUGAUCUGGACAUGCCAUUCGUCUACUCUUGAUCAACUGCAGGAUUAUUCAUGAUCGCAUUCGUUGUUAAUCUCUUGUUCAUGUUGGCUAUUCUUUAACCCAUUGCACACAAUCCGUAAAAAUACAGACCAUCAAUA